UAUUCAGCGAAAUAUUUUCGUUUAAAUUUAUUUAUUUAGAUUCGUGAAGAAUCUAUAUCAAUCAAAAUGUCAGUAUAUCAGUUCCUAGGACGUGCCGUUAAAUAACUAAAGAACAUCUUGGAUGGGGAACAUACCAUCUCAGGGGCAAGGAGGUUACGGUCAAGGUCAACCGGGCUACGGGCCGCAGCAGGGUCCAUUCGGAGGCGGCCCUUACCAACAGGGGUAUGGACAGCAACAACAGUACGGCUAUCCGCAACAAGGAGGGUAUCCACAACAAGGGGGAUAUCCACAACAAGGGGGAUAUCCACAACAGGGGUAUCAGCAACAGGGAUACCCCCAACAGGGCUAUCCACAACAGGGAUACCCGCAACAGGGAUAUCAACAACAACAUCCACCACAGGGGUAUGGGCAGCAGGGGUAUGGCCAGCAAGGAUAUGGACAGCAAGGAUAUGGGCAAGGUCAACCGGGAGGGAUGCAAGGCGUUGCCCAAAAAGCUGGUUGCGCAGCCUGCAUCGCGUGCCUGACCUGCCUCCUAUGUUCUUGCUGCCAAGGCAUGCUAGGAGCUGGCAUGGAUCCUGAGCACCAAGGCGAGGAGGGAGGAGGAUAUGACCAAGGUGGAACCAACGUCUCACCUCCGCAAACGUCAGGCAUGGACGAUUAUUAGAUGAC